AUGGGUAAAGGAUGUAUGUUUUUCAAUCAAUUAUUUACUAAAUUAGUCCUAUUUAAGGAGAUGUUAAUGUGGACUGGGAUGUCUUUAUUUAUAUUUUUAGUAUGCUGUCAGAUACCAAUUUACGGGGCCAUAACCAAUAAAUCAUCUGAUCCUUUUUAUUGGAUGAGGGUUAUUUUGGCUUCCAAUCGUGGGACGUUGAUGGAGCUUGGCAUCUCGCCAAUUGUUACUUCUUCUAUGGUUAUGCAACUUCUGGCAGGGUCUAAAAUUAUAGAUGUUGAUCAAUCAUUGAAGGAAGACCGUGAUUUAUACCAGGCAGCUGAAAAACUUUUGGGACUCUUGGUUACUUUGGGUGAGGCAGUAGCUUACGUAGUAAGUGGUAUGUACGGUGAUGUCAAAGAUAUUGGGCUAUUUAAGUCGGUUUUGAUAAUUCUACAAUUAUUUUUCGCCGGCGUCGUUGUUAUCCUGUUCGACGAGAUGCUCCAGAAGGGCUACGGCCUAGGAUCUGGUAUCUCACUCUUUAUAGCAACAAAUAUAUGCGAAACUAUACUUUGGAAAGCAUUUAGCCCUACCACAAUAAGCACAGAUAAGGGUACUGAGUUUGAAGGUGCACUUAUAUCUCUUUUUUACUGUUUCUUUACCAAAAAGAAUAAGUUGUCCGCUUUCAAAGAAGCCUUUUACAGAAACCACGCACCCAAUGUAACAAAUUUGUUGGCGACCGCGCUGAUAUUUGUGAUCGUAAUAUAUUUACAAGGCUUCAGAGUGGACUUAUCGGUAAAGUACCAGAGUAUGAGAGGACAGAGGGGGACAUACCCAAUCAAGCUUUUCUACACCUCCAACAUACCAAUCAUUUUGCAGACAGCUUUGGUUUCUAAUCUCUACUUCUUUUCUCAGCUAGUUUACAGAAAGUUCAAGAAUAAUUUGUUUGCUAAUCUUCUAGGUCAGUGGCAGGAGACUGAUCAUGGUACGUCCGUACCAAUAGGUGGUUUGGCCUACUAUUUAUCUCCUCCUUCCACAUUCAAGGACAUUAUAAAUGACCCUCUGCAUACCCUUUUGUACAUAACCUUCGUCUUAGUUUCUUGUGCAGUGUUCUCAAAGACGUGGAUAGAAAUUUCAGGAAGUUCUGCCAGAGAUGUUGCCAAACAGCUGAGAGAUCAAAGAAUUGGAAUGGUUGGCCACAGAGACUCUCCACCUUCUCUCACGAAAGUUUUUAGCAGAUAUGUCCCGACAGCCGCUGCUUUCGGUGGAAUGUGCAUUGGUGCUCUGACUAUCCUCGCCGACUUCCUCGGAGCUCUUGGUAGCGGUACUGGUAUUCUGCUUGCCGUCACCAUCAUCUACCAAUACUACGAAAUACUAGUCAAGGAACAGGAGCGCUCAGGAUCACUACUAUACGGAUAA